CUGCUGCCGCCUAGAGUCGUCGUGCUCUUCGAAAAGUUAAAACAGUUCAGGCUGAGAUCGACCUCGGCUCGGGACGUUCGAGCUUCAGGUGGUAGGCUCGCUCGAGCCUCGAGCUCGGCUGCCAAAGGUUCACUCCUCCCUCUGCUUCCUAAACCUUUCCCUUCUCUCGGACUCUCUCUCCUCCUUGCUCUUUCUUCCCUGGCGGUGACGAUUGGGCGAGCGGCGGCGCCAUUUGUCACGUCGUCGCCCAGCCCUUUGCCAACGACGAGCAUCCUCCAGGUGCACAGUCGUGUUGGCAUUGUACUGGCCAGAGGAGAUUAGGACUAAGCAUGGGGGUUCCAAAACAGAGGUGGACAUCUGAGGAAGAAGCUGCCCUUAGAGCUGGAAUAGCGAGGCAUGGAGUUGGAAAAUGGCGCACAAUAUUGAAAGACCCAGAAUUUAGUUCCACCUUGUGCUACCGCUCAAAUGUUGACCUCAAGGACAAAUGGCGCAACAUGAAUGUAAUUGUCGGUACAUCGAGUUCUCGUGACAAGGGAAAGACUGCAGUGAAGAAAACACGAACGACUCCCAAGAAUAAUGAACACACCACAGCAAUCAUCACAGUUACUUCUGAUAUUGAUGAUGAGAUUGUUGAUGACAAGCCUUUAGCAUCAUUGCCUAGUGAAGCACAGAAUGCAUCGAAUCCAAAGAAAUCUCACUCGAGACUGGAUAAUAUUAUAAUGGAGGCUAUAAAGAGCUUAAAUGAGCCUACAGGGUCUCACAUAACUACUAUUGCUAAUUACAUAGAGGAGCAAUAUUGGCCGCCUAGUGAUUUUGAUCACUUACUAUCUGCAAAACUGAAGGACUUGGCCACCAGUGGCAAAUUGAUAAAGGUGAAUCGGAAGUACAGGAUAGCACCGAGCUCGCCUAAUUCAGAGGGCCGAAGCCCCAAAAUGCUUCUGUUGGAAGAAGUGCAAAGAGAUCCCAUCAAAAUAGGGAGCAAUGAUAGUAAAACCCUUACGAGAUCGCAAGUUGAUGCUGAAUUGGCAUGUAUGGCAACCAUGACUGCUGAGGAAGCUUCAGCGGCUGCUGCUCGUGCAGUUGCUGAAGCAGAGGCUAUCAUGGCAGAAGCUGAAGCAGCAGCGAGAGAAGCAGAGGCUGCAGAAGCAGACGCCCAAGCUGCACAAGCCUUUGCUGAAGCAGCAUUUUUGACAUUGAAGAACAGAAACACUGCAAAAUUGAUGGCCCAAGCAUGAUGCUACUCAGGAGCUGUUCCGAACCAGCGCUGCCGAAGAGCCAGCUACACUACCUGUGUUCAAUUGUACAUGUUUACUGUUGUCACUGAUGUUCGGUUAAAAGCAGCUGUCCCGGUGGUUGUAUACUUGCAUCACGUUUAUGUUACUGGGAGAGCCAUGUGAGCUCCAACCCAUGGCCACCGGCAACAAUACCAGCCUGCAACUGCAAGGCUGCAACACCAUUUCAGAAAACCCAGUGGCAUUCCCUGGCCCUCCACUGUCCUGAACACGCUAAACUCUUCACCAA